AUGAACAACCCCAGUCAAUUGGGGAACCCCGAGUCCAGGUCAGUUCCUCCUCUAGACAUUGAGACACCCAACGACACAAAUACUACGGAGCGCCGGGGCCGACCCCGUGGCAAAAUCUGUCGCUUGCUGGGCAAGGUUAAGAAUGGUGUUGUCAAAAAAAUUUCUUGCUCAAAGUUCAACGAUUCACGCAGUCGCGACCCCGUUCAGGCUCAGGAUACUUCUGCUGUUGUGCAACAAGGCGCCGAUCCCCAAUCUGUGAACAAGGCACUUCAGGAUGCCGGUCACGGUGCAGAUCAGAUGAACCAAAUUUGGGGACGUGCGAGACCUGUGUUAUCUGCAGGCAAAAAUGGACCAGCAGCGCUCGAUAACAUAGACAGCAUAGGGACCACUUAUCUUCAACCCCUCAAGAUAUUCGAUACUGUGAUCGGGACGAUAGCAGAGGUGCAUCCGUAUGCAAAGAUGGCAUUGGGCGUGCUUUCUUGCGCAUCAAAAAUGAUUUUCGCUCAAGCGGAUCGUCACGAAGCGACACUUGACCUCUACAAGGAGUUGGGUCAAGUGUAUGGCUUCAUAAUGCAAGACGACAUGCUCCUCAUGAGGGACAUCUUGGGACAGAUAUCUCAGCAGACCCUAGAUCGCCACGAGCCCAUCGGUGUCGUUGGUCAAAUCAUCCUAUGGAAUUUCCCAUUACUCAUGAUGGCCUGGAAAAUCGGUCCUGCUCUCGCAUGCGGCAACACGGUGGUUCUAAAACCUUCAGAAUUUACACCCCUGACCACCAUCCGAAUGUGCCACCUUAUCAACGAGGCUGGCUUCCCGCCUGGAGUAGUCAACGUCAUCACUGGUUAUGGAAACACUACCGGUAAUGCCAUCUCUUCACAUAUGAGAAUAGAGAAAGUCGCCUUCGCUGGCUCAACCCUUGUUGGUCGCAAGAUCAUGGAGGCUGCUGCGAGGAGCAACCUCAAGAACGUCACCCUUGAGCUCGGCGGAAAGAGUCCAAACAUCAUCUUUGACGAUGCAGACAUCGAACAAGCUGUCUGUAUUCGGCAUCUUAUUCGCGUAUCUUCGUGCAAGAAGGCAUCUAUGAGUCAUGACGAAUUCUUCAAGCGUUUCACUCAGUCGCUCAAGAUCGGUGACCCAUUUGCACCUGACACUUUCCAGGGUCCUCAGGUCUCAGAGAUUCAAUUCAACCGUAUCAUGUCUUACAAUGAGUCCGGAAAGGCGGCUGGUGCCAAGGUUGAAAUCGGUGGUGAGCGCCAUGGAAGCGAGGGCUACUUCAUCAAACCCACCAUCUUCACCAAUGUCGACCCAUCGAUGAAGAUCGUCCAAGAGGAUAUUUUCAGUCCUGCAAAUGACACGCUUUACGGUCUUGCUGCUGCUGUUUUCACCCAGGACCUGAACCGUGCCCUCAACACGGCACACAGACUCAAAGCUGGAACUGCAUGGAUCAACUGCGUUGACUCGAUCAACUCCAGUGUACCAUUUGGCGGUAUCAAGCAGAGCGGUAUCGGUCGUGAGUGUGGCGACUACGCCCUAACCAAUUACACUGCAGUGAAGACUGUCCACGUAAACCUCGGCCACAAAAUGUAAGCUGGAGGAAAUGAAACAUAACUACAUCAGGGAGCUCCAUGAUCCGACACGACACGAGGGCGGAGCGAAGAUAACGGGGCUGCAGCUGGCAUGACAAAUUAAACUUUGAAUGCGAUGGUGAUGUAGGUGCAGGUUUGAUCCUAAUGCACGUGUAGUAUCUUGUACUAUUAUUGUAUUUACUACCAUGUUAC